ACCCUUACUCUUACUACCCUACUACUUUACUACCCUACUACUUUACUACCCUACGACCCUAUUAUACCCUACUUUUGCUGCCUUACUACUACUGUUUUACCACUACUAUAACCACUACUAUGACCACUACUACACCUACUACUACACCACUACUAUCCCACUACUACACCACUACUCUACUCUAACUCUACCCUCCUCUACCCCCCUCCCUCCUCCUCCUCCCUCUACCUCACUCCUCCCCCACAUCCUCUCUUUCCCAAUCAAUUGAUCCUUUGUACUCAACGGUACUCAUCUCAGAAUCCCUCAAUCCCUCAAUCCCUCACCUACCACCACCCAUAACCACCCACAACAACCACCCACCACCCACCACACUCUCCACCCACCAUCCCGGCCGCCCCUCACUCCCCCUUGACAAUACUCCCCCACGGUGAUAUCGAUCCUCCCCUCCAACCGUCUUUGAUCCAGAAAGAAGGGAGAGAAGAGUGCCACACUCGCCCAAUAUUACCACUACCAGCCCGCACUCACGCCCUGAUCCUCUCUCCUUGCCUCCCUGAGGCCCCGAGAUUAAGGUCGACCCGUCUCAUUCUGCGCGUGAGGACCCUGAGGACGCCCUCCUUGCUUAGGACGGGAUCUCCUUGGAGACACAAGAGACGGGAUACAGACUCGCACAGACGAAGCUGCCAGGCAGAACAAGCCAACUCCAAGACGAGAGAGAGAACGACGAGAGGAAAACCAUAUUCUUCCAUUCGCUGGUAAAGGGAAUCAGCUCAUACAUAGCCAUUGAAAAAAACAAUAGUACUACUGUACGAAGAGUACCAGUAUAAGUACAUGUGAAAUAUACAUCGGCCGCAAAUCUGCCUACCGCAACUUUCCGUCCACCCGCCAUCGAAACCCCGAGUAUCUCGCAAAGCCCAAAAUCCGAACCUCUUGAUUACUCUUACUCAAUAACUACCCUUCACUCAACCACAAUCAAUCGCCAGCUUUUAAUUCGACCACAGAGGGCAUGUAUGAGCAUCGUGUCCCACGAGUCCCACCAAGUCAGAGCUGUUAAGAGCGGGUUCCGCGCAAGCUAGCCCCGUCAAUCACUCUCCAGGCCCCCUGCUACAACUUCGCGAACAAGGAAAAUCCACCACCUGCCUCGCGCCCACCGAAUCGACUCCUUCCUGCGGCCCACCGACAAACAACUCGACGUCUGACAUACCCGGCACGAUCCUAGGCGGCGACCUGCGUGGAACGGCCACCUCCUUGCGCUGUCCUGCCUCGGAGCGACACUCCUCGAAACACAUCCCACACACCCACCACCACCACCACCACCGCACGCGUUCCUGUGCUGUGGGCGAGCCUCGGUGCCACCGUCUUGUUCAUGAUAGACUCGCUUGUUGACGACGGCGCUCUCUUCCUCGACGGCAGCGACACCUUCCAGACGCCGCUGGAUCCCUACCAUACUGCCUACUCGUCCUCGCCGCCGGUGCUCCAACCCCGCUCGAUGUCGGGCGACCCAGCGGGCGUGCGACGCCUGCUUCCUCAGAGCUCGCAGCCGCAGACCUUUACCUUUGCGCCGAACAACUUUGCUCCGCGCGAGGCGCAGAAGAGUAAGCCGCCGAGAAGAUGGGCACUUGGCCGACGACGAGCGAAUUGCUAACGGUAUCAAGUAGAUUAUGUGUUCGUGGACGAACACAAUCGCCAUAAGCGGCUGAAGGGUUAGUUCUGAAUCAUUGGUGGCUGUUUUUGGACCGGGAACUUGUUACUGAUGUAUGUCGUGCCAGUGAUGCGAGCCUGCGAAGGAUGCCGACGACGCAAGAUCAAGUGCGAUGCCGCUACGACGAACACCUGGCCCUGCUCGGCCUGUAUACGCCUCAAGCUGCACUGCAUCCCGCCGACGGCCAACUAUGACGGCGGCCAGAGCCACGGCUUCGAGCCCGAGAAGGGAGAGUAUGAGAGCGGCAGCGGCGACGAGGAUUACACCUCGUUGGAGCAGCAUAUGCAGGCGAUAGAUAAGAAUGGACAGCCGCAGGGAUAUGUGCAGCAGAUCUCAUAUUCGACUCAGAAUAAUGGUUAUCAGCAGCCAAUGGCUUAUCCCCAGCAAACCUCGAGUCAGCAGCAGCAGAUGCAAUAUGCCGCUGUGAUGAACCCGCCGGCCCUUAUGGACAACAAUUACCCCCCGCAGCCUUCUUUUACGUCUAUGCCGGCGGCAAUCCAGCAGCAGCCGUUACAGCAGCCUUUGCAGCAGCAGUUGCAGCAGCCGCUGCAACAACCUAUGCAGCAACCUAUGCAGCAGAAUAUACACCAACCUCUGCAACACCAACCUCAACGGCAGAUGUCACAAUCGCAGCUGUCGCAAACCCACUCACCGGAAAUGUACCAGACUGAUCCGUACGGCACGCAAGACCUUGCGGAGUAUCUAGGAGCUCUAAAGAUGGAUGAAUCGGGGACUGCACCGUACCUGAGUAACAGGAAAAAGGAGUCCGCGGCGGUUGAGGAGGCUGUGUUUGAGGAUUCUGAUAAUUUCGCUAUUACACAAAUAAUCGCAGGGCCAGGUUCGAAGAUACGGAUACCCCCUGAGCUAAUGCCGGACGAGGAAACGGCGUUGCGCUACUUCGAUGUUUACUUCAACAACAUACACCCUUACGUUCCGGUGCUGAACAAGACAUUGUUUUACCAGCAGUGGCAUGGUGAUAGGGAAGCUAUCUCGCCGCUAAUUCUAGAGGCUAUGUUUGCGCAUGCGGGGAAACUUGAGGAUGAGCCAUCGCAGGGGCAACAAUGGCUCGCCUUAGCUACCCGGCAUGCUACUUCAUUUAUGGAUGACCCCCGAUUAAGUACGCUACAGGCCAUGCUUAUCAUAUUAAAGGCAAGAGAAGCCGUACCCAAACGAGGCUACUACUACCGGUCGUGGAUGACAGUUGUGCAAUGCGUCACUAUGGCGCGGGAUAUGGGACUUGAUGAACAUUACGAGGAUCACAAGGCAGGGAGGCCGUGUGGGAAUACUAACAUUGACUGUGCUAUUAAGACACGAAUAUGGCUUGUCAUCUUCGUUGUCGAGCUGAUGGUUGGCUCGCCUCAGGGCAGGACGCACCUGCUUUCCGUGGAUGCGGAUACCGUCGACUUUAGCAUCCCCAAACCGAUGCCAGGGGUGGACGACUCAGACUACCACAUCCAACGGCAGUUCACGUACUUUGCGCGAUGCGUCGGGCAUAUAAGGAACGUGGCCGUCGUGUACAGCAAGCUGAAGAAGAAAAAGGUGGAGGUGGGCAUGGACCCGAAGUUCCUGCAGCUCAACCCCUCAUUCGACAAAUGGAUGGCCGAACUCCCGCAAGAUCUCCAGGUCACCUUCCCCCCCGACGGAUCCCCGCCAUGGCUCCCAACCCAUGCUCUAGGGAACAUACACAUACAAUUCUGCCUCGGCGUAGUCAUGUUGCAUCGCCCGCAACUAGCGAGUCUCGACCCCAGCAACCCUGACGGAAAAUGGAAGCGCCACAUGCUGAUCGCCUACACGAACGCCAAACUGCUCUGUCGUCUCCAGGAAGCAGUCCUGGAUACCUUCGGCAUGAAUGGACUCCUCUGCAUGGUGCGCGGCGUCAACUACGUCGUCUAUAGUAUCCUCACCUGCACCGUUCUCCACCUCGUCGCGCUCACAUCCCCGGACCCGGACCUUAAUAUGGACGCCCGCGAGUACUUCACCCGCCACAUGCAACUCCUCGAGCGCUGCACAACCGCUUGCCCCAUGCCAGAUAUGCAGCAGCAAAUCGACGCCCUCCGCGAGGCCUUCUCAGCAGACACACGCAAGCCAUUCGAUCUCAAGCCCAGCUUCCCCUACGGCAGCCCUACCUCGAGCAACCAAAGCUCGCCCCCUACCUUACAAUACCAGCAAUCCACCCUAUCACCGACAUCCUCGGUCGACCACCCGCAUCAGAGCCUGAACCAGCAUGCGAGCCAGCACCAUGUCACGUACACCAGUCCGCCGGAGCAGAGCCCAGUGUCGGCGGGGGGCAUGACGAAGGUGGAGAGCGCGGGGGCGGUGGGGUUAGUUAUGAUGGCGGGCGGGAGGAUGGCGGAGCAGCAGCAGGGGAUGCAGACGGCGAUGUCGAUGCCGGAUCCGUCGGCGUGGAAUCCGGCGAGGAUUUUUGACCAAUGGAACACCACCUUCGAAACUCCCUCCGCGGCAUCCAUGUCCGUCGGUCCACCGCAACAGAAUACGAUACGCCAUAUGUCUAACGCUGGCGGGGAACUGAGCGCCAUGCCAGAUAUGUUGGGUACGUCGUCGUUGAUUCCGCUGCCGCCGAUGGGAUCAGCGGCCGCGGCGCAGCAGCAUCUCCUCGCGCAACAGCAGUUUGUGGCGCCACCGACGACGACGUUUGUCAGCCCGAGUAUGUGGCAGGAGAGCGUGGCGAGUGUGUAUGAGGGGGGUCUGAAGAGGGGGUGGGG